GGCGGCGGCGGCGGCGGUGGCGACCGAAGAGAAUUUUCUUGCGAAGACGCGACGCGACGCGACGGUGAAACGAGCAUCGAAUGAUCGGCGAGAAACGGAGAAUCGACAUCGAGAAUGCCCGAUAGCUCGGACCAACUGUCGUCGCCGAACAGCGAGUGUAACAGCCAGAUCGGUGGCAUGCACCGAAACGCGUCCACCGGACAGUUUGACGACUCGUCGAUGCCCGGGCUCGCGUUAACGCAUCAUUCGCAUUCGCAAAACCUGACGACGGCAUCGAACGGUAGCCUGCAAUAUCCUCAAGAGUUGACCACUUGCAGUUCCGCGAAUACGUCUACCAAUAUCGGAAACAUCGGCGGACUUUCUCUGGGAAUUACGGCCAGUAACUAUACGCCGGAUCAGAUAUCUUGUAUGUGCAAGGCGUUAUCGCAGAGACAGGAUAUCGAGAAGCUCACGAGGCUCCUAUGGUCUUUGCCGCCCGGCGAGUUGCUUCGUCGCGACGAGAACGUGUUGAUAGCGAGAGCUACGGUGGCCUUUCAUCGAGGCGCUUACCACGAGCUCUACUCGAUUCUGGAGAGCCAUCCGUUUUCACCCGAUCGACACCCGGAGCUACAGCAGAUGUGGUUCAAGUCGCAUUACAGCGAGGCAGAGAAGAUCCGCGGCAGACCGCUCGGCGCGGUCGACAAGUAUCGGCUGCGCAAAAAGUAUCCGUUGCCGAAGACGAUCUGGGACGGCGAGGAGGUGGUGUACUGCUUCAAGGAGCGAUCGAGAAACGCGUUGAAACAGUGCUACAUGAGAACCAAGUACCCGCUUUCCGAGGAGAAGAAGAAUCUGGCGAAGGAGACCGGCUUGACCUUGACUCAGGUGGCCAACUGGUUCAAGAAUCGACGGCAGAGGGAUCGCACGCCGCAAACGAGAACGGAUAUGCUGCCGUUAAAUUGCCAGAAUAACGCUGGCAACGUGAUCGGCAGUUCGGUGAGCAACGGAGAAAGCAUUCAAUCGUUGCAGAGCAUCGAUUCGAACGGCACGAAUCUAGCGAUGUCGCCGCUCUCGACGAUGAGCAUGUCGCCGGUCGCCGUGAACCCGUGCAGCCCGAUGGGUAUGAGCCCCAUGGCUCCCCGUCAUCCCAGAUACGCGACACCGAUGGUCUCGUCUUCCGUGCACACAACGCACCCUCACAGCGGCGGCCUCAGUCCCAUGAACGACGUGAAAGCGCUGUGCUACGGACGUGGAAUCUGCGAAACCGGUAAGGACGCGGAACAGAGCUCGGUCUAUUACUCGAGUCACUCGAGCAUGCAUCAUCAGUAUUACCAGCAAACGCAUCAUCAGAUGAUGUCCAGCGCUCAUCACUACCAGCAUCAUCAACAGGGCAUGCCGACCGGAUACGAAAUUACGCUUCCGCCCCCUCAGCACUCGACGUGACCAACCGACUACGAGACCGAUCGAAACGACGCGGUUCAUCCAGGCCAAGCCGACGAUUUGUUUGCUCGUGUCCACGCGUUUGCCUGACUCGGUGUCGUCGCGCCUCUAUGCCCGAGCAACGUUUGAAGGGAACCGCGCGACUAAUCCUAUCGAUGCGCGAUCCAACCGCUUCGUUCCUAACGCGCGUAACGUUCAUUGUACAUUUUUCCCAUUCGCGGACGUUACUUUUUCGAAAAGCGUAGAAACGAUUCGACGCUCGCGCGAUGACAAACAUCGAUCGUGCGCGUGUUUUUCAGCCAAUCGAGGCGCAACCUCUUGCGUAAAAGUUCUGGGAGGAGCCUCCCUCGGACGAGAACUGGUUUAACAGGCGCACCCUUCUCAAAGGUGUUCGCGAUGGAGUCUCGUCAGCUGCUCCUCCCUCCUCUUUCUACGUACGAGUAAAACGACCGCGCAACGAGCGCAUUUCACGAAUGCAAAUCGAUAUCGCGUCGCUGCGCCAAUCACUUCCUCGAGCGUACGUCUCUUCCUUUCGCACAGUCUCCUCGUAAAUUCUUAUCCGAACGCGUAACAGGUUUGCUAGAGCGAAACGUGGCUGCGUGGCUCUUCGACGAAAACGAGCCGCUUCCGACGAAACCUGCGCCGUUCUCGCAGCUACGAUCCUUUCGUUUCUCAAUUUCGAUUCGAGCACGAUCGAUUUGUGCUGUUACUCCGCUCCGAAAUUUCGAUUCUUUCGAUACGAAGAAGCGACUUCUGCUAGGGUACUCGUUCAGGGUACGUGCGUGUGCGCGUGUGAAAGUUCGCCGAUGUACAUACGUAUGUGUAGUACGUAUGCAUGUGUGUAAGUACGUGUGUACGCAUGUAUGUAUAUAUAUAGAUCGAUCACAGUGUUCAAUCUCUGGUGCGAAAUAUAUUUUUGACCGUAGAAUCGAGCGUACGAAGGGGCAAUUUGCCCUUCGAUAACUCGACUCUCGUGUCCCGAAAGAAAAGAAACGAUCUCUCGGCAAACGAUGUAUCGCUUUGACGAAAAUUUAUUGUACAACUACGAGCGCGAGAGCGUGAGACGCGUUAGAUGUAUAGUUAAGUAAAUCAUAAAUCUGUGAAUCACGUUUCGA